GUCGGAAGAUCCAUGCGCCGUUACCCGCCCAAAUUUUUGGAGCUCCAUUCUCACAUUGGCGUUACGAAGAUCGCGACCCGUCCGCCUGCAGUCGCGAGGAUUCGAUAUCGACAAAGUUCCUACUGGCGGCCUUGAUCGCACCAGCAACUCGAGACCGAACACACCAAAUAUCCUUCGAGGCAGUCAUUGCUGCCUGAAACCCGAAACAGUGACCAGCACAUCUGUUCCCACGCUUAUCGAUCGUCAAUUGCUGCAAAACGAGCCAUGGUCGUCAAAAUUCGUCUCGCCCGCUUCGGGCGGCCACACCAGCCCCUCUACAACAUUGUUGUUACCCAAGCCAGGACGGCGCUUGGCUCAAAGCCUAUGGAGGUGCUCGGCACUUACGACCCGAUCCCCAAGCCGGAUUCAUACGAUAGCUCGGGCAAGCUGCACAAGGACAUCAGGCUGGACAUCACAAGAACAAAGUACUGGGUUGGUGUUGGAGCACAACCCACAGAUGUCGUGUGGAAGCUGUUGACAAUGCUGGGAAUAUUAGAACCGAAACAAGCAGCAAAGCCAAAGUAUACACCUCCUCCCAACUACAAGCUGUCGUCGACCGGAAAGAGAAUUUCGUGAACGCAACGAGACUGUGGAACAAACAACCCGCAACCCACCCCAUGUUUAUAUUUACCUGUACUAUUGCGACGGCGCGGCAAUGUUUUGUAUAAUGUACAACAACGAAAAAAAAAUAGAAAUUACCUAUGAGAGCAUGGAUCGAUGGCCUUUUUGAUCGUCUUUAAAUUAGGAGCACCUCACUCCUUCGCAGCCAGUUGGCUGCACCUCAAUACAGUGC